AUGGAGAUCCUUACUUUUUUCUGCAAGAAGGCUGCUGAGUCAGGGGAUUGGGAAGGUUUUUCAAUGGUGUCGGGGGGAGAGAAGGUGAACAUUCUUCAAUUUGCAGAUGAUACAGUAUGUUUUGUGGAUGCUUCCCCCUCUCAGGUGGAGCUAAUUCUUGGGAUUCUCUCUUGGUUUGAAGUGAUUAUAGGCUUGAAAGUUAACUGGAAUAAGAGCCAAAUUAUCCCAGUUGGACUUGUUUCCAAUUUCGCUAAGUGUGCUGGUUUUCUGACUUGUCAAAUUGAAACUCUCCCGGUCAAAUAUUUGGGACCCUCGCUUGGGGUGAGUAGUGGUUCCUCAGCUAUUUGGGACCCAGUUAUUGAGAGAUUGGAAAGGAAGUUGGCUUCUUGGAAGGCUAAAUACCUUUCUUUACUCUAA